CACCGUGGCUACAACGAUGGAGUCGGAGAGCAGCACAGAAAAGCCUGAAACAAAGACAGAAACGGCAGCAGAGGAGAAAAGUGGAGAUACAAAAGAUCAAGACACAAGUAUGAAGGACUUCAAUGCUGAUCCGUUUAAGAAACCUGCUGCGUUUGCGGUUCCUUCAAUAGCAAUGAAGAUCAGAAGUGUGCAGAUCACACAGGUGUCUGAUAGCAGUGUGAUCAGUAAUAAUCAGACUAAACCUGAUCCAUCAGAAGGUCAGGAACCUGCUUUAAACAAAGAUCAGACCAGUAAACCUGGGUCUAAUGUACUACCUGAGAGUCAAAUCCAAACUGAUGGAGCUGAGAAGCCGACAGGAGAGAAGCAGAUCCAUGAGAAACCCAAGAAACCAGAGAUCAAACCUAAAAUAUUAGCUAGAGUGACUAAAGUGCCACCCAGUGGUAAAUUCCCACCCCUGCCAUACUCUGAGCCCCCAUGGGCAGGGGUGACUACUAUCCCAUACUCCUUUGAGCUGCUUAAGAAUGGUGCCAUCCAGGUCACUGUUCCUCUGACUAAGCAGAGUUAUUUUGUGGUGGGUCGAUUACCUGUUUGUGACAUUUCUCUGGAGCAUCCUUCCAUAUCGAGAUACCAUGCUGUUGUGCAGUAUCGUGGGCAGGAAGUGGAGGACGGUGGUGUUGGGGAAGAACUGGGGUUUUAUGUGUAUGAUCUAGGCAGCACUCAUGGUACGUUUGUUAACAAGAAUAAGAUUCCACCCAAAACCUACAUAAGGCUACGGGUCGGUCAUGUGGUCAAGUUUGGUGGGAGCACCAGGCUGUUCAUUCUUCAGGGCCCCGAGUCAGAUGAGGAGGCUGAAUCCGAGCUGACCGUAACAGAGCUGAGAGAGCGAGCCAGAAAGCAGAAAGAAGAACUCGAGAAGAGGAUGAUGGGAGACGGUUCAGACGACGAUGAUGAUGAUGAUGAUGAAAAAGAAGAAAAGGAUGGAGAGAAGGAAUCUUGUGGAAAAAGUUCAUCAGAGGACAGAGGCUGCUCUUGGGGAAUGGGAGAGGAUGCAGCGCCAGAGGAGGGGGAAAAUGAGGAGAACCCUUUUGCAACAGAGUUUCAGGAGGAUCAGGAAGCAGCCUACCUGAAAGAUCCUAAAAAGGCUCUGCAGGGUUUCUAUGAUAGAGAAGGAGAAGAACUGGAGUUUGAAUACGAUGACAAAGAACACGGCACCUGGCUCUGCAGGAUCAAGUUGCCGGUGGACGAUGCCAUGGGCCGGCAGCUGGUUGCCGAGGUUACACAUUCAGGCAAGAAGAAGGAGGCGGCCGUGCAGUGCUGCCUAGAGGCCUGUCGCAUGCUGGAGGCUCGAGGCCUGCUGAGACAAGAAGCAGUCUCCCGUAAGCGUAAAAAGAAAAACUGGGAGGACGACGACUAUUACGACAGUGACGAUGACUCCUUUCUGGACCGGACGGGUACAGUGGAGAAGAAAAGGACAGAACGAAUGAAGAAAGCUGGCAAGAUUCAGGAGAGGCCAGAGACUUUUGAAUCACUGGUUUCUAAACUAGCUGAAGUGGAAAAGGAACUGGCAGAAACUGAAAGAACACUACGUUCCUCUGAUAAAGCUGGCUCCAGCUCAUCCACGGAGGAUUCUCUGGAUGCGUUUAUGAGUUCGGUCCGGGGUCAGGCAGCUAUGGACGGGGUGCAGAGAAAGAAACUGCACCUACAUUUAUCUGAACUGAAGAAGGAACAAGAGCGACUGAAGAAUCUCAUCGAGUUAACCAGACCGACACAGUUACCCUCCCUGCAGGGCAGAUCUGCCGGUGAAUCUUCUGAUCCAGAAAAGCCCAAAAAGUUAGCUCUGCCUCUGUUUGGUGCAAUGAAAGGUGGCAGCAAAUUCAAACUGAAGACAGGAACCAUUGGGAAGCUUCCUCCAAAGAAGCCCAACCUGCCCUCUGAACUCUUCAACAUGAAAGAACUUCCCCCUGGAGAAGAAGAAGAGGAGGAGGAAGAAGAACCAGGUGAAGAUACAGAAAAACAGGACCAAGUGGAGGAGAGUGAAGAUGCUGUGGAGUUGGAGGAAAUGGAGUCUGUCCAGCACGAUGAGAUGGAAAGCACUGAUGCCACUGGUGGUGACCGGCACCCUGAAGGGCCCUGUUUAAAGAGCCCUAAAGCAGUGGAGUCAGAAAGACAAACAGUGAAGAGACCGUCUCCACAUGGAAAAGCAAAAGAUGAAGACACACCUCCUGUAAAGAAGAGUGGUAAGAAGAUAAUCGGCCCAAGCAGGCCUCCAAGCAUUGUAUCCAAGCAGUACCCAGAAGACGACCCAGAUUACUGUGUGUGGGUACCUCCAUCAGGUCAGACUGGUGAUGGCCGAACUCAUCUUAAUGACAAGUACGGCUACUAAGAACAGGACAAUCAUCAAUGUGAAGAGAGAACAGGGGUGGCGGCUCAGCUGAACGUUCAAAAACAGCCCGGGUUUUGUGUUUGGAUUGGUUCAGAAGACCCCACAUUUUGCGUCUAGAGGAGACGUUGUGAGCCGGACGUCUUAAUGGAUCUUUUGGCUUGGUGGAUGUUUCACGUUGAUCUGGAUUUGCACUUACUUACAUUGUACAGCAUGUUCUUGAUUCACUGAGGAACUUGGUUUGAAAGAAAGAGCUGGAACAUUACACACUGGGACUGUCACUGAGACAGCACAGUAAUGAAGACAGAUAAAUGAACAUUUGUGUAGUUUUCUGGAUUCGAUCGAUCACUUACUAUGUGUACUUUGUUGUUUCAUGCACCGUGUAUCUGGUUUGUAUUGUAAGAUUUUAGCCACAUUUAAUUUACACACGUUUAUAAAUUCAUGUCUUCAGUUAGCUGGGGUACUCUGCAAAUAAUCUCUUCAUUAAAAAUUCCAUUUUGUUUUUAAAAUCCCUUAAAUAGCAACACUGGUAAUAAUACACACAAAUAUAUUGAUAGAGGCUUUGUUUUUUUAGAUGGAAAUAUGGAUAUACUUACUUACACUUUGGAUAUCCAAUAACAUUGGAUAAAAUGUGUCUCCAGGCCGCUCAGGUUGCACAGCGGUAAAACACGCUAGCACACCAGAGCUGUUAUUUUGGAUACAUCGUAUUGAAUCUCAGCUCUGCCAUCCUGCUGGGCUGGGCGGCUAUAUGAACAACGUUUGGCUGUUGGGAGCCGGAUGGGGACCUCAUAACUGAUGCAAUUAUGACCUCUGCUGGCUGGUUGAUGGCGUCUGCAGAGUGGAGGAAUAAUGCUGAUCAGGGUGUGGCUCUCCAUGCACAGGGCUGAUAUGCACAGGCAUAUGAACUCGGCCGGUGUUAGCAUAAUGCAAUUUGGUAAAAAUUGGACGUGCUAAAGAAGGCAUGUAUAUAUAAUUAAAUAUAUAUAAUUAUAUUAUUAUAUAUAUAAUU